GCCCUUAUAAAUUCUCGCUCAUCCCCCGUUCAUUUCUAACACCGCCAUUGACAUACUUCCAGACCUUUGUCUCCGUCUCUCUAGCCAAUUCUCUCCCUCUCUCUCUCUCUCUCUCUCUCUCUCUGUUUGCGUGCGUUGAUUUGUGCAUGGCAGUGAGUCUGUUGGCGCAUGAGGUGUCCGACGUAUGCCUUGGGAAGCCGGCGCUGAGGUCGCUGCCCGUCUCCGCCACCGUCGGCGACGCCGUGUCGGUCCUGAAGAGGUCCGGCGAGAGCUUUGUGAGCGUGUGGAGCUGCGACCACGCGUUUAAGGCGACAAAGAUCGGGUUGAUCGCCGCCAAUAAUUUCGAAGAGGAGGAGGAGAAGGAUUGCCGAUGCAUAGGCAAAGUUUGUAUGGUAGACGUGCUCUAUUUCCUAUGUAACGAGGAGAAUCUCUCGCGUCCUUCCUUUGCGCUGCAAUCGCCGGUCUCUGUUCUUCUCUCCGAAUCCCCUCCCGGACUCGUUCGGCAUCUCGAGCCCACCGCCAGCUUGCGGGAGGCCAUAGAUUUGAUCCUGAAAGGCGCACAGAACCUGGUGGUCCCAAUUCAGACCCCCACCGCGCUCUCCACCUCCAGGAAAAAGCUCCUCAUCAAACCGCCGUCGCCGGACGCCACCCUCACACUCCACGGCGGCUGCCGCCAGUACUGCUGGCUCACCCAAGAAGACCUCAUCCGCUUCCUCCUCAACUCCAUCGGCAUCUUCUCCCCAACCCCCGCACUCUCCCUCCAAUCCCUCGAUAUAAUCGACACCCACAACCUCCUCGCCGUCCACUACCACGACCCUGCUUCCGCCGCCCUCCCCGCCAUAGCCCGCUCCCUCGUCGACCAGACCUCCGUCGCCGUAGUCGACGACGACGGCAAGUUGAUCGGAGAAAUCUCGCCCCUCACUCUCGCGGGCUGCGAUGAAACGGUGGCGGCCGCCGUCGCGACUCUCUCCGCCGGCGACUUGAUGUCGUACAUCGACUGCGGGGGACCGCCGGAGGACUUGGUCCAGGCGGUGAAGGCCAGGCUCGAGGAGAGGAAUCUAGGAGCAGUUAUAGAGCUAAUGGAAGAAGAUCAGUCAUUGUCUUCAGUUUCUUCGCUUUCGUCGUGUUCGUCUUCGGACGAGGAGUUUGGGUUGGGGAAGGGAAUCAGGGCUCGCUCCGGCCGGCACUCGAACAGAAUGGUGAGGAAAUCGGAAGCCGUGGCUUGCUAUCCGGGGAGUUCGCUGGUGGCGGUGAUGAUUCAGGCGCUCGCCCAUCGGGUGAAUUACGUGUGGGUGGUGGAAGAGGACUAUAGCUUGGCCGGAAUUGUGACAUUCUACGGUAUGCUGAAAAUUUUCCGGCAACACGUUCGGUAGAGAUGGAAUUCAUAGAGGGCUGGAACAGAGAAGUUCCAGUGACAUAUUGCCAAGAAUGGUCUUACGCGAAGACAUUGUUUGGAAAUGAGAGGGGAACAAAUUAUGAGGUUGAUUUUUAUGUGUUGCCAGUUACUGUUAUUGUGAGGGUUUGGAUAUUUAGCGGGACGAUGAUUUGUGCUGCCGUGGCUGUUUCUAGUUUUAAUGACUUGCUGAGGCAACUGUAGAGCCGUUUUUUUUAAUAAAAAUAAGAAAAAAAAUAUGCAUUCAACUUGA